GAGGAGUACAAAUUUGGGCCAAAUCAGUAGAUCAAAUUAUGAGCCCAAUUAAUAGCUGCGUGGUGGCCCAACAUGUACACGCUCUCCACCACCAUCGCCGUCGCCGAACGCCAUACGACCUCCAACUCUUUUCUCGUACCUUCUUCUUCUUCAGUUCAUCUUUCUCCCCGUCGUCUUCGAAUUCUCGCCGAACUCUGCCGCUAUCCGCCGACCGUUUAACCUCUUGAAAGCUCGGAAGCCGAAAAGCUCUCUUUCAGAGCUGCUAAAAUGGCGACUGUGAUGCAGAAGAUCAAGGACAUUGAAGAUGAGAUGGCGAAGACUCAAAAGAACAAGGCUACUGCCCAUCAUCUUGGCUUGCUCAAGGCUAAGCUAGCAAAGCUCCGCAGAGAGCUACUUGAGCCUCCAUCGAAAGGAGGUGGUGGUGCUGGCCAAGGCUUUGAUGUGACUAAAAGUGGAGAUGCCAGAGUUGGUCUCGUGGGGUUUCCUUCAGUCGGAAAAUCUACCCUUCUGAACAAAUUAACUGGGACUUUUUCAGAGGUUGCUUCCUAUGAAUUUACUACUUUGACUUGCAUCCCUGGUGUUAUCGUGUAUAGGGGAGCGAAGAUUCAGUUGCUGGAUCUCCCUGGUAUUAUUGAGGGUGCUAAGGAUGGAAAGGGUCGAGGAAGACAGGUAAACAUUUUUCUCCUAGUUUAUCUAACUGAUACCCUCAUUCAGCAUAUGUGUUGAUUGUACGGGUAGCUGCAUUUAUCUUGUUUGUCAGUACACGUUACUCUUCUCUAUGUGAUAUAAUGUUCGUUAACUAAGCAUUUUUUCUUUAAAGCAUAGGCCGCUUAUAGUGUUUAAUGGUAGAUGUUGAGAGUUACAGUGUAUUGCACUAUCAUGUUUAUGGACAAAGAUGUGCUUUGGAGUGUAUGCUGUAGUCUUUGUAGUUAGGUUGUGUGAUACCCUUCGCGAAUCAACAACCCAAGCAGAGCUUUGAGUGUUGCCUUCUGUUUUAUUUAAAGGUUGUUCCUCUAGUCUCAAGGGCAUUAAUAUUCCAUUGUUUAGUUAUAAUCCCCUGAUGAUUGGUUGUAGUCAUUUCACACUUCUACAUUUUGCACUCAACUUUCUUUUGGGACUUCUACUUUAUGUACUCUUGGCUCUCAUUUUUAUAUAUGGUACCACCUGGAUGAGUAAUGUGAAGCUGCAAGUGAAAUGCAGGUGAUAAGUACUGCCAGGACAUGCAAUUGUAUCAUAAUUGUUCUUGAUGCAAUUAAGCCAAUAACUCAUAAACGUCUUAUUGAAAAAGAGCUUGAAGGUUUUGGCAUAAGGUUAAACAAGGAGCCACCUAAUUUGACAUUCAGAAAGAAGGAUAAGGGUGGGAUUAAUUUCACAUCAACAGUUACCAACACACAUCUUGAUCUUGAAACCGUAAAGGCAAUAUGCAGCGAGUACCGAAUUCACAAUGCUGAUGUUACUUUGAGGUUUGAUGCAACGGCUGAUGACCUGAUCGACGUCAUUGAGGGCAGUAGGGUAUAUAUUCCAUGUGUCUAUGCCCUGAACAAAAUCGAUCAGAUCACUCUUGAAGAGCUCGAGAUUUUGGAUAAACUUCCUCACUAUUGCCCAAUCAGUGCUCACCUGGAAUGGAACCUUGAUGGGUUGCUGGACAAGAUAUGGGAGUAUCUAGAUCUCACUCGCAUAUACACAAAGCCCAAAGGGAUGAACCCAGAUUAUGAAGACCCUGUGAUCCUCUCAUCAAAAAAGCGGACUGUGGAGGACUUUUGCAACCAGAUUCACAAGGAUAUGUCUAAACAGUUCAAGUAUGCAUUAGUAUGGGGAUCCAGCGCCAAGCACAAGCCACAAAGAGUUGGAAAGGAGCACGAGCUGGAGGAUGAAGACGUGGUGCAGAUUAUCAAGAAGGUGUGAGGAAAGGCACGGAUCCGUUGCUACCUUGUUAUUAUGUCAUUACCGAGUAGUGAGGUUACUGUGAAAGAGCUAUGAAAUUCGGAAAACCAAUCAAGAUGAGCAGGAUGAGUGUUUCUCUACUUGGUUAGUUGGCGCGGUCUAGUGUUCAAACGAUAGAGGCUCCUGAUUUACCUGUGUGUUUGCUGAAGUGUAUCCAGAUCACCUUGUGAUGGAUCAGACAUUUGGUACACUGUGGAUGCAAGACCAGACAUGUAAAAUUUUGAUAUAAACAGGGAUGCAUAUGAACGUUGAAAUGAUCUUCUGUUGUGUUCCACUCUUCUGGCUCGACUUAUUUUCCUGUCGAGACGAUGGGGUCGAGGGCUAUAUGGUUGAAUUAGUGUCUGCAUAUCGGACUCGUGGUUGACUUGGUCCAAUGUGUCGUAAAAAGGUCGAAUAAACGUACUAGGAUUAUUAUGG